CAAGCGUCAGCUUUGUGAGACCUCUUCUGAAGUUUUGACCAAUUCACGCACCAACUGCCUGCUGUUCAUUUGACGUGGACGUCAGCUUGAAGAGAGGCUCAGGGUUUCAACUUGCAUCGGAAAAAAUACAACAAAAUGCCUGGACCAGCAGCAAGUGCAACUAAUGUUGGGGCAUCUAGCCGUUCCCCCAGCAAGACAGUGGCUCCCCGUGCAGCAGGCUCCACAGUUAGACAGAGGAAAGCUACCAGCAGCGGUACACGCAGCGGCGGCAGGACCACAGGAUCGGCAGGUACUGGUGGCAUGUGGCGUUUCUACACAGAAGACUCACCAGGCCUCAAAGUCGGCCCGGUGCCGGUGCUGGUGAUGAGUCUGCUCUUCAUUGCUUCGGUCUUCAUGCUGCACAUCUGGGGGAAGUACACCCGCUCUUAAACCCCACCUGAUGACCUCUGACCCUGCGCCUCGGCUUCUUAACACAUUGCACCUGGACCAAACAACAACUGAACAACAACCUUCAUCCCCUAGUUCCCUUCUCCACUAUCACUACAACACACAGACACGCAAACUGGAUUUUUAUGCAACCAUUUCAGUACAUGAUCUUCACCUGGACAGAUGGUGGUAUCCACCUUGUUGCUUUUGUUCAGCCCGUGUCUUUAAGAUCGGAUGGGGUGAACAGGAGGAAGCCAUGCUAGCCCACCUCAGACGCGAUGUCUGUGUAUGUGGCCCUCCCUACAAGCAGCAGCAGCAGCGGCGGCGGCGGCGGCGGCGGCGGCGGCAUGUUCCUGCCACUGCUGCAUGAAGGUUUAGUGCUCAAGGACAUUGUUGUUUUCAGGCCUAGCAAACAUUUCUUCAUGUAGCCUGAAUUGCUUUUUUUCUUUUUUUGUUAACAGCAUUUGUACAAAUGUGAUUGUAAUAUUGUACAAUAAAAACACAAAAAUCAA